AUGAACAUCUCCUCAGAGCUUUUAAAAGAGCUUUCAAAGUUCGCUACGCCGACCGGCAUGGCUGACUAUGCUGCUUUGGCAGUCAUAACUAGUCUGUCAGCGACAUACUUUGCCCGAGGCAUCCUCUGGGACAAGCGUGACCCAUUAUACCACCUCGCAUUCGAGCGUCCACAACUGAAGAAUGGUGGUCAAUUUGGGUCGAAUGCCAAUAGAGAGACCAGGAACAUCGCACAGAAGCUGGAUCAAACCGAUAAGAAGAUUGUGGUGUUCUGGGGAUCACAAUCCGGUACGGCCGAGGGGUUUGCACAUCGUCUCGCAAGGGAAAUCUCCAUUCGCUGGGGUCAAGACAGUAUAGCUGCUGACCUCUCUGACUAUGAUGCGCAUACUAUCUCCGAAAUUCCAAGCUCGAAACUGGCCAUUUUCAUCGUCUCAACUUAUGGCGAAGGUGAUCCCUGUGACAAUACUACUGAAUUUUGGAACUGGAUCACUAAGGCUAGUGACAUCUCGCUUUCCAAUCUGCGAUACGCUACUUUUGGACUCGGUAACUCCAACUACAAGUUUUAUAAUCAAGUUGUCGAUGUCGUUGUCGAAGGUCUGGAGAGAUUUAAAGCCCAGGCUCUUCUACCGGUUGGGAAAGCUGAUGAUGCCGAGGGUACUACAGAGGAAGACUUCAUGGCUUGGAAAGACAGUCUGUUCACUGUGUUGAAGGAGAAGCUAGGCUUUCAAGAAGUUGAAGUCAAGUAUAUUCCUACCCUGAUGGUUGACGAAGACGAGUCGCUAGAACCGAUUGACUUGCACCACGGUGAGCCAAGCAGCCAAGUUGAUACAUUCAAGACAGCGGCUCAAUCUUCCCCCAUUCGCGCAUUAAACAUCAUAAGCUCCAGAGAGCUUUUCACCGCAUCUGACCAAAACUGCCUCCACAUGGACAUUGACCUAAGCAGCGAGCCAGAGCUGACAUACAAAACUGGCGAUCACUUGGCCAUCUGGCCCAGCAACCCCGACGGCGAAGUUGACCGUCUACUUGAAGUUCUUGGAAUUCAGUCUCGUCGCGAUGUUCCUCUCAUAAUCAGACCCGUCGAUCCCGCCACAAAGAUCACUGUACCAACUCCAACUAAUGCCACGGCUAUCUUCCGCUACUACCUCGAGAUUUGCGCGCCUGUGAACAGAGACAAUGUCCGAGAUCUCGCACAGUUUGCCCCAACGACAGAAGCGAAGCUCUACCUGACCCGGCUCGGUCAGGAGAAAGAUACAUUUGCAGAUUUCAUCCGCCAUACACAUCUGAAUCUGGGCCGACUUCUGCAGCUCGCUGCACCAGGUCAGAUCUGGUCGGAGCUGCCUCUUGCAUAUCUUGUCGAGACAUUACCUCACAUUCGGCCUCGCUACUAUUCCAUCUCAUCCAGCAGUGUGGUCUCACCCCGUAAGCCAUCAAUCACAGCAAUUGUCUCCUCAAAAUCUUUGCCCCAGAAUCUUAAUGAGUUAGUUCACGGAGUAACAUCGAACUACCUCCUUUCCAUCUCCCAACAUUCUAACUCACAGCUUCAUCCACACGGGAUCACAUAUCAUCUGAAUGGGCCUAGAAAUAGCCUGGAGGGAAGCAAAGUAUAUGCCCACAUUCGCCGCAGCAAGUUCAAGUUACCGAUAGCCGGCAAAAUACCCUUGAUCAUGGUAGCCGCCGGAACAGGAAUUGCGCCGUUCCGUGCAUUUCUCUCCGAGAGAAGUCAAGUACGGAAAAUCGGCAAGGAAGUCGGGCCAAUGAUUUUAUUUUUUGGAUGUCGCAAUCCCAAUGAGGACUUCAUUUACCGCGGAGAGCUGCAGGAGUUCCAAAGAGUUCUUGGAGAUACAUUUCGUUUAGUGACUGCGUUCUCGAGAGAAAAGGAUUUACCUCGCCGAUAUGUGCAAGAUCGAGUUGCUGAGCUUGGUGAUGAUGUUGUUAAGCUCCUUGAUGAGGGAGCUAGCUUUUAUAUUUGUGGGAGGGCAGGCAUGGCGAGGGAGGUUGAAAAGACUGUUGGAGCAACGAUAAAAGAGAGAAUGGGGUGGUCGGAUAGCGAGGUGAAUGACUGGAGUAAGGCUAUCAAGAGGAGAAACAAGUGGCAGGAGGAUGUUUGGGGGUAG